CUACAUCCCGUUCCCUCUCCCCUUCCUAUCAUGAAGCCCGGAGAGCCGCGCUGGACCAGGCUUCUCAGGCCCUCGAUACUUUGGAGCCGACCUCGAGCAGAGCCCAGCUCGCUUGUGUUCGGCUUGCUUAGAUCCCCACCACUCUCCGCUCCCAUUUCGUUUCUUCCCUUCCUCUCCGCCGGCCAAACCCUAAACGAAUGAUCCCUUCAUCCAUGGAGCUCCUUCGCUCCCACCUCUCUAAGGUCCGAAUUCCCGAGCCCACCAACCGCAUCUCCAAGCAGGAAUGCUGCAUCUCCUUUGACACCCCGAGGUCGGAGGGGGGCUUGUACGUGGAUUUGAGCUCGUUUCUUGCGUUCGGGAAAGAGUACGUGGGCUGGAACUACGAGAAGACGGGGAAUCCGGUCUUCCUCCACAUCCAGCAGAGGAGGAAGCCCGUCACUGAGGACCGGCCCGUCAAGAAACCCACCCUUCUCGCCAUCGGUGUGGAGGGAGGAUUUGAUGAUCGAGAACCUGAGUAUGAAGAAACUCUUGAUAUAGUCAUAUUACCUGAGCAUGUCACUAUCCCAUUUCCAUCUGUUGAGCUGCCAGAAAAGGUUAGGAUUGCUGUUGAUGCCAUUUUAAUUUCUGAAGGUGCUGAACGCAAAGAACAAUUAGCAUCUUGGACUGCUGAGAAAAAGAAAGUCAGUGCCUAUGCCAUGAACCUGCAACAGAUUAACAAUGGCAUUGUUGUUCCUCCAUCUGGGUGGAAAUGCAGCAAAUGUGACAAGACUGAUAACCUCUGGCUGAACUUAACUGAUGGAAUGAUCCUCUGUGGAAGGAGAAACUGGGAUGGAAGUGGUGGCAAUAAUCAUGCUAUUGAACACUACAAAGAGACGAACUAUCCUCUUGCUGCAAAACUUGGAACUAUAACUGCUGAUUUGGAAGGAGCAGAUGUUUUCUCAUACCCAGAAGAUGAUAGCGUUGAGGAUCCUUUAUUGGCUCAACACUUGGCAUUUUUUGGCAUCGACUUUUCAUCACUUCAAAAGACUGAAAUGACAACUGCUGAAAGAGAACUGGAUCAGAACACAAAUUUUGACUGGAACCGGAUACAAGAAAGUGGGCAGGAAGUGGAACUUUUGUUUGGACCGGGUUAUACUGGACUUGUCAAUCUUGGGAAUAGCUGCUAUAUGGCAUCAGUCAUGCAAGUGGUUUUCUCAACCCAUUCUUUCAUUUCACGGUAUUAUGAGAAACAGAGUUUGAAAAUGACAUUUGAGAUGGCUCCUGCUGAUCCAACACUGGACUUGAAUACACAAUUGACUAAACUGGCAUAUGGUCUGCUGUCCGGUAAAUACUCUUUGCCAGCUCAAGAGAAGCAGGAAGGGAUUCCGCCUCGUAUGUUUAAAACAGUUAUUGCUGCUAAUCAUCCAGAGUUUUCAAGUAUGAGGCAACAGGAUGCCUUGGAGUUUUUCCAACAUUUGCUUGACCAAGUUGAACGGGCCAAUGCUGCAAAACCUGAAUUGGACCCCACAAGGAGUUUUAAGUUUAUUAUUGAGGAGCGGCUGCAGUGUCCAUCUGGAAAAGUUGCUUACAAUAAAAGAACUGACAACAUUAUUUCUUUGAUUAUACCAUUACAUGAAGCUACUAAUAAAGAGCAGCUAGAAGCAUUUCACAAGAUGAAAGCUGAAAGGAACUUGGAAGGCAAGGAAAUCAGAGCUAGCGAUGAAAUUAUACGACCAAGAGUGCCCUUGGAGGCAUGCUUAGCAAGUUUUUCAGCUCCUGAGGAGGUGCAUGGUUUUUACAGCACUGCAUUAAAUGCUAAGACAACAGCAAUCAAGGCGGUCUUUUGGUCUUCUUUGAUGCUUCUGUUACAUUGUAUUGGUGCUUGUGUUGGCUUGAUCACAAAUUUCCCUAUUAUCACCUUCAGCGGAGCUCCUGAAAAGAACUGUCAAGGCGCAGUUAUCCAUCUAAUAUCUGUUAUUCUACAAGGAGAUGUUAAGACUGCUGGUUUGACUACAUUUCCUGAUUACCUGGUGCUGCAUAUGCGUAAAUUUGUGAUGGAGGAAGGCUGGGUACCAAAGAAACUUGAUGUAUACAUAGACGUGCCCGAUAUAAUUGAUAUUACGCACAUCCGCAGCAAAGGCCUGCAACCAGGAGAAGAAUUACUGCCAGAUACAGAUUCCAGUGGUGAAAAGAUGGAACCUACCCAUCUUGCUGCAAAUGAGGAUAUUGUUUCAAUACUUUCAGGCAUGGGCUUCAAUUGUCUUCAUUGUCAGAAAGCUGCCAUUAACACCUCAAAUUCUGGAGUUGAAGAAGCAAUGAAUUGGUUGCUGUCUCACAUGAAUGAUCCAGAUAUUGAUGAUCCAAUUUCUAAUGAUUCGCAAAUUGUGGAGCUUAUGUCUAUUGAUGAAGCAAGUGUUGAAACUUUGAUAUCAUUUGGAUUUCAAGAAGAGGUUGCUCGAAAAGCAUUGAAGGCCUCUGGUGGGAACAUUGAGAAGGCCACAGAUUGGAUAUUUAACCACCCAGAAGUUUCCAGCGCAGUUCAUAUGAAUGCUACAUCAAGCAGCAUGCAAGCUGGUGAUCCAGGAGUUCCAGAUGGAAGUGGCAGAUACAAGCUAAUGGCACUGGUUAGCCACAUAGGCACCUCCACUCAAUGUGGGCACUAUGUGGCUCAUGUAUAUAAAGAUGGAAGAUGGGUAAUCUUCAACGACAGCAAGGUUGGUGCAUCAGUUGACCCACCUAAGGACAUGGGGUACCUCUAUUUUUUUGAGAGGAUAGACAGCUAAACCAAACAAAUUGACUGCUGGAAAUCUUGAAGCAGCCAAACUCUCAGCGACAGUACAGGAGAGAGUCAGUUAAAGUUACAGGGUUCAGACUUGCUGCUUGUUGUGACGGUUACAUCUGCUGUUAAAUUCUGAAUAUAGAUGCUACCUGCCUUUGUUGAUCCUGUCCUAUCCUGAUGCAACUGAGGAAAAACAAUCAUUGCAUUGGUUUAAUGGAAAGGAAGUCAAUUGACACAAAUUACGGACUACAUUUUCUUGGAGAGAGGAUGAUUGGGGUAGGUGGAUGUGGUGAAGAAACAUUCUCUCUACUGUUCUGAUAGCCCAAGGAAUCAACCAUAUAUCAGUUGCUACAAAGUGUGUCUUGCAAUAAGAGGCUUUUAUCAAUGUCCUGGACUGGACUAUACUAACGCAUUUAGUCCCAUGAUCAACUCCACAACUAUUUAUUUGAUUCUCAGUAUUGCUUUCUCUUGAGAAGACCAUUUAUGGUUUGAAGCAGACACCUAAAGCAUAGUACAAGGAGCUCAGUAAUUUAAUCAUCAUCGGCAAUGACUCUCAUUUUAUUUUCCAGAUUAUUAACACUUUGUCUCACAUCGAAGAUCUUAACUUUUUGUAUUAUUUCUUCGGAAAAGAAGUUGUUCCUACAUUCACAGAUCUUUUCUUGUCUCAGCACAAAUAUAUUCGGGAUCUCUUUUAAGUGUUGUCACAUGGCCUAUGUAGAGGCUGUCACUAUUACUAUCUCUGCCAUUAAUAUUGUCAGGCU